UAAAAAUAGAGUGCGCGCGCAGAUUUACCCUUUCAAAACAAAAUAUUGAUUUAUUUACAACUAGUCAUGAUCAUAUAAAAAAAAUCAACUGAAGAUGAUCCUUGCCCUCAUUAUAGUGAUUUUAAUAAGUCUGAGUUGUGAACAAAAAAUUACUUACACUUUUCCAGAAUUCCCAUAUAAAGAAUCAAAUAAAAAUGAGGUAAUGUUCAGGGAAGUGGAAACUGCUUGCGAAAGAGGGUGUGUGGGAAAAAGUGGAGUUUCGAAAAUUUUAUGUGUACGACAAUGUGUUUCACCAUCUUGCUAUCGUGACUUAUACCAGGCCGAUCAAUUAGAGGAAGGAGAGGUUGAUGUAAGACUGAAUUCCUUUAAAGGCUGUUUUAUUCAACGAUACAACAGAUCUCGCCCAUGACCUAACAUUGAUAUAUUAUAACAAUACAACAUUUACAGUUAAAAUUCAAGUUAUAUUCAAAAGCUUCUAACUAAAAGGCAUGUUAAAAAGUGAGAAAAAUAACACCUGUGUUAAAAUUAUUUAAUGUUGUAUUUCUUAUUACUCAAUAAAGUUACAAAAAUUCAAAUAA